AAGCGCAAUUAACUUGGCGCUCAUCAAACAAUUAUUAACUUAGUUAUUAGUAAUCUACAGUAAUUAAUUGAUGGGACUUUGUAAAUAUUGCACCAGGGACUGAAAAAAACCGGUGCACUGCUUAAAAACGGGCACACCGAAGCGCGGGCUCUAUACACGCUUUGGCAUUUUUGCACCUCGGCAUUACGUUCACUUUAAUUGCAGCGGCAUCAUUUUUGCUUGAUUUCGAAGAGUUUUUUUUUUGUGAAAAAGAGAAAUAAGUGUUUGGCUUGGUGCGUCUUAUGGGUAUAUGCCCGGUCCGCUGAACCACCCCAUAAGUUUUGUCACAGUUCGCGGAGUCUAUUUGAUGAACCGAGUGGCAUCUGAGAAUUCGCAAAUCGGCCGACGCACAUGAAAAGUGUAUCAUGGAGGACAUAGAAUAUCUGGACGAGUACAAAGACUUGGUGCUGCCAGGGAUGAAAACGGGAGCUCCGCCAGCUUCCUCGUCCGGCAUCUCCCGUCCGCGUCGCAUUUCGUCAGACUCGAGCAACUCGUCGUCGAUCGAUGCGGACAUCUUUCAGAAGCUCUUCCACGGCAAGUACGACGAUGACGAUCUGCUUAACGAGGGUUCUAGCUCCAGGUCCAAGGACCGGCGUCGUCGAUCCCCAACCCCAUACUCCUCCAGUGACGAGUCUAACGAUGCCCUGGAAGCCCUGUUCAGCCGGAAGAGCAGCAAGUCGAAGCCAAACAAGCGACGCGAACGCUACUCGUCCUUCGAUUCGGUGGACGAUUUGGGCGAAGCCCUGAUGCGUCCCUCGCAAAGGUUGACUGUACCCAAGCCCAGUACUUCCCAGGCAAGUGGCAGAAAGUCCCACGGUGAAGCCCCACACAGGAGCGGCAGCAAUAGCAGCAGCAGCCACAUUGGCAAGUCAACCGGCAGCAAAACAUUGCCAGCUCCUACAAGCAAACCUGCUGCUAGUCCUGCUCUAAGUGCUAAGAACCAAAAUUCCGGCCCAUCAGCAUCUAAACCGUCGGGCUCUGUAAAUGGCAGAGGCCUGUCACCCGCCAAAAGCAAGACAGUGACCAUAAUAAAGGCCCAAAAGACUGAUCUAACGCCUUCGCAGCACGAACCCAAAACUGAUCCUUUGACUUUGGGGGACUACUAUGAGGAUUCAGACAGCGAUUCGUCGUACGAAUACGAAUCUGACUUCUACGGUGAUCAGGACUCAGAGGACGAGGACGCCGAACCGGUCAUCGACAUAUCAACGGACACGAGCAGGACCACUUCGGUGGCGGACACCGUGACACCUGUUGUUUCCGACGACGAGGGCCAGGAGCCGCAGAGUAAGGAGAAUGAGCUUCCUGACAAUGAUCAGGAGUCGGUACUGAACGGUGUCAAUGAGCGCCUGCAGUCGUACUUGAAUAAUCUCAGUUGCGCCGAGGCGCCGCCAAUCUAUAAGAAACAGAGUAGUGCUAGGAAAUCCCGCUCCAACGAAAAGAAACCCUCUUCCUCCGAACAGGUUAAGCAUGCUAAUGAGCGACCAGCGGCCAGUGACAAAGAGGAGGCAGAGGAAAAGGAGCGGGAGCUGGUGCCACCGGAGGCCAGCAGUAGUGCCAAAUCCUCGGCCUGUAAGGUCAGCGGCAGUCGCAAGCUAAGUGCCGUAGAUGAGAGCGUCACGCUCGAGGCGCUGGAGCGUAUGAGCCUCGACCUGGCCGAACAAAUCUUGGAAAUCGAUGUUGAGCGCUCUAACGAGUACGAAAAACGCUCCGGCUCCAAAACGCGUAGCAGAUCCAGAUCCAAUAUCCCUACGGAUUCUGGCCCGACCUCUAGCCUGACCAAGAGCCACGUGCGAAAGCUCACCUACUCCAGCGAACGGUUGGAAAACUGUGAGCCCUCAGGAAGCAAGCUGCGGCGGUCAAAGAGCGAAUCCUUUCCAAAGCAAGGACGCGGCCGGGGACAAAAGCAUCGUAAAAGUCGAGCUGCAACCACUGAGGAAAAGCUGCAGAAUGCGUGUGAAGGGGAGCAAGACUCUGUCAAAAGAAAACGUGGAAGGCCCCGCAAAAAGGUUCCAAAUGCGGAGAACUCAAAAGCUGAAACUAGCAAAAAUACCGGCGAAAACUUGGAGCAGGAUUCUGUUUUAGUAAAAACGAGUGAAGCAGUAGCGGAAAAGCAGACUGUAAGUCUGGAAGAGCAGAAGGCAUUUGAACAGGAUGAACAAAAUGGAGAGUUAGAUAAAGCCAAAGAGUUAACAGGAAUUGACAAUAUAUCCCAGAAUGAUACCAUUAUGACUUCUUGUGCCCACGAACCGGAUCUCAAAAGUGCUCCGGACAGGGAUGUGCAGCUGGAUGAAGAGUCUGCACGAAAUCUCGAAAAGGAAGCGCUUCCUUUACUGGACACAUCAACGGAGUCGUUUGAUACCGCAGAGGACUACAGUAAAAUAAACAUUGAUAAGGAAUUAAUUCCAGGAACCGAAGAAACUCAAAAAGAUUCAACCGCCCAAGCAUUUGCGCAACCCAAUUUCGAUGAAAUUAAGGAACUGGCUAAAAUACAAAAUGCAAUUGAAGCUAUUGAUGAAAUCGGAUUACCGGAUGUGCUCGCCAAUGCAAAUGUGGAGGCAAUUGAGGCAAAAGGCAAUAUUCUUGAGGAAAGCGAUUCACAGCUGGCUGAGGACAUUAAGUUGGCUGAAGAGAUCUUGGCCGCUGAAGUGGGUAAAAGACCUGAAGUAACUGAGGAAUCAGUGACAGGACAAGGUGAACAAAACCCUGUAAUUGAAAUUGUCAAGGAGCUGGAGCAGGAAACUAUUCAAGAGGUCGUGGCAGCUAAAGAGCACAGUCAGCCUGAAGAAAUAGCUCCUUUAGAUAUUGAACCAUGUCCAGUUGAAAAACCGUCACAAGUUGGAGAAGUUCUUCUUCAGCAUGAGUCUGUUGCUUCUACCGAAGAAGAGCCACCGGCUGAAGAGCAGUCUCUUGAUAAAGAGCUGUCUCCUGCCAAAGAGCAGACGUCUGCACAAGAGGUUAAAUCUGCUGCGGAAGAGCAGGAUCAAGCACCUGCAGAAGAGUCCUUGUCAUGUUCCGAAGUUCCUACUAGCCUAGUAACACCAACCAAGAAACGAAAUCAUUUUUCGCCAGCCAACACGCCCAGUAAAUCCAAAGAGCUCGAAUCUAAGGAAUCUUCAGUUUCCAAAAGAGCUUUAAGGUCCGAUAAACAAACUCCUAUUAAGCUGAGGGAAAGUCGCUCCCAGCGGCCGCUUAAGACAGAACUUACGCAACUUAUGGAUGAGACAUCGAGGCGUUGUAGUCCGAGACUAGGAAGAUCUCCGGCGGAAAGCCAGUCCUCCCAAGAACGCUCGACGGUGGAAAAAAAAGUGAUCUCUUCCAAGUUGGCCGACGAAAAGUUAUUUACAGAUAACAAUGCUUUAGAAGGCGAACCGUUACCAGCUGAUACUAAAACUAAGGAUUUUAAAGAUACUCAACUAACUGAAGGUGCUCCAGUUGAAGAUGCUUCCAAAUUGACAAAACAAUCGAGCUCCAGUGAGACUGAAAUGAAAAAGGUUAUGGGUAGGGGAAGGCCAUCGAAGUCAAAAAAAUCCCGAAAGAGUCGUGGAGCAGAUACGAAUAAAGCUACUCCCGAUUUGAACGAAGAGCUUCCUUCUACUUCAAAGUGUGCUGAAGAAUUGCCAACCUCAAGCGAGUCAGAGCUUAAAGACGCGAAGGAGGAAAACCUCUUACCUCCAGACCCACCAGUAAAUGAUAGCAAAUCGCUUUCGGAAGACAAACCGAAUCCAGCUGAUAGUGAUGCAAAGGAUAUAAAGGAUACUAAAAUAACUGAAGGCAAACCGUGUUCAGCUGUUACUGAAUCUAUGGAUUUAAAGAAUACCAAAAUAACUGAAUGUGCUGCAGUUGAAGAUGCUUCCAAAUUGACAAAACAAUCGAGCUCCAGUGAGACUGAAUUGAAAAAGGUGAUGGGUAGGCCACGGAAGUCGAAAAAAUUCCGAAGGACUCGUGUAGCAGAAAAAAAUCAAGCUACUGCCGACUUGAACGAUGAAAUUCCAGCUUCUUCAAAGUGUGCUGAAGAAUUUUCAACCUCAAGCGAGUCGGAGCAGAAAGAUGAGAGUGAGAAAAAUGACUCAGCGCAUGUUGAGGAAAAACCUUUUACUCCCAAAAAAUUCCGUAGAGCGUUAAAAGAAAAAGAAAAACUCGAAAGCAAAAUCCCCACACACCACCUAGCUGAGCCCGAUCAGAAUCCUGCCACGACAAGUAGCAGUGAAACUGAGGUGAAGUUAGAAACUCAGCAAAGUGAUUCUGUCAACAAUAAAGAGGAGCGAGCCUCUGGCAGGUUGAGUCGUAGAGACAAGGCAAUCUUAGAUGCAGCCAAACCCCAAGAAUCGUCUUCUGCCAAAUCUCAUUCUUCCAGUGCAAGAGUUCUUUCAAAGGAAAAGCCUUCCAAAAAGGAUCGAACUGAAGAUCAGUCAGAUACUAGCCAAGUCGCCAAGGAAAAAAUAGAAAAAGAGAAGGAAAAUAUUAGUAAAGAAAAUCUGAAAGCGUCACCCAACCAAAUGACAGUUGCAAUCAAAGAGAAUCUGACUCUGAGAAAAAAUCUGUUGAGUCCAGUGCGGAUCCAGAACCAAUUCCAAGAGAACCUGUCUCAGGAUUCAGCGAAAAUCAAGGAUUCUACGGAAAAACAAAGGAGUGAUAAUAAAAACGCCAAAGAGAACGUCAUUGAAUCCGAUAAAGAAGUGUGUUCAGUGUUAAACACGGAAGCAGUUAAACCCGCAGCUGCAGAAAAGGACUCAGACACAAUUGCAAACGACUCGUCACAGAAUUCAGCUAAGUCCAAGGUUUCCAGGCAAUUAAAUAGGAGCAGGAGUAAGAUAGAUGAUAAGAAACCCAAAGAGAACAUUUCUAAAGAGGCGGGCUCACACUUAAUUACAGAAACAGUUUCAACUACAUCAUCCGUGGAAAAGGAUUUUGUAAAUUUGGAAGACAAACCUCAAGUCUCUGGAAUAGAAAGUAAAAGAAUCAGAAAACGUAGACAAGCCAUAACCGUUGAGGAUUCAGAAGAUAGUAAACUUACCAAGAAUACCGAACUUGACGAAAAAGAAACACCUGAUGUUCCUAAUUCUUGUGAGAAAGAUCCCUCAACAGUAAUAUUUACAUCCCAACCUAGUUAUUCUAAAUUGAAAAUACCAACGAAAACUUACCUAGCGAGUAAAAGAAACAAAGCACCGUCCCAGCCGACUUCUGAGACUUUGGAAAUUGUUCAAAAACCAACCGAAUCUGAACCAACCAACCAAUCUGAAGUUAAAUCUACCAGUAAUAAAGGAAACUCAACCGGUACAGCACCUGAACAAUCUACCACCAGCAGUUUGGAAUCGAUUUCAGAGCAUUUGAUUCCAGCCGAAACAUCAGAAAAUUCGGAGACCACUCCCACGACUAGCAUUUCGCCUGCAAUAAGUGAUCAAACCAAAAAUGCCCGCGUUAUAACUAAAGGAUCUUCGAAAUCCAAUCGUAACGUUCCCAAGGAAGCUGGAAAACCGGACAACAAUUCAGAGAAAAGUCAAAAAUCCUUUGCCAAAUCUCUGACCUUAACAAACCAAAGAAAACUUGAUACUACCUCAAUAUCCUGCCGCAAGCUUCGCGUUUUGAUAAAGAGAACUCCCACUUCCAACUGGCCCAAAAGCACAAAGAAAUCAUCCGUCUUAAAAACUCCAACCAAAAUGAAGCGUUUCAAAAAAAUUCUUGAAAGCACAGAAAAAACUCCAUCUCCAGAGAAAUGUGAUAUUGAUCCGUCAUGUUCCUCAGUUAGCACUCAGGCUGAGUCAAAUCCUGAUCCAGUUUUGGUUGCGGCUUCUGUUUCGGAGUCUGACUCCAUUUCUGAACCCCAGCAAAUCCUAAAUGAAGAAGUUCCCAAGGGAUCCCCUAAGAAAUCUGCUGACGUUACUGAGAGUGAACCAAAGGAGAUCUUAGAAUCAGAUCAGGAGAAAGUAUCUAAAGACGAAGAAACUUGUGCCGAAGUUGAUAAAACUAUCACAAAAUGUUCUUCCAAGGACGCCUUAACAAUCGAGGGAACCGAUAGUGUCUCUGAUGUUCAGGAAUCAAAGGAUGAGACAUCGAAAUCUAAUUCAAUAACUAUGCGACUCCCUCCCACCAAAAAAAUAACUAAUGUAGAAUCAGUUGUAUCUGAGCCUGAAACUGAAGAACCCGCUCACAGCCCAAUCCCAGACUCUGCGGAAACAACUAGUGUCACGGACGAACCCGAGGCCAGCACGUCGUCAAGCAUGGUGAAGCGCAGCUUGCGCAAGCGGGAAGCGGAUACCUCCCAACCAGAUGAAGCGGCCAAACGAAAGCAACAACAACAACAACAGCGGGAGAAGUCGGCCAUUGACAAACAGGAACCUGCAAAAUCAGCUCGCCGUCGUAAUGUAUUGGAUGAAGAAGAGCGUCCUGCGUUUAAACGCUCAAAAAUGGAACCAGAGGCGAAGCCCAAUGAGAAGCGCCAAUUCAUCUCUAUUAUAGGUAAUGAAACCAUAAUGUCGUCCACGACAGCGCCCUUAAAAGAAGCCAAAAGCGAGCCGCCCAUGGCUUCAUCAGCUGUAAAGAAGUCGGCAGUAAAGGCGUCAAAACAAUCGUUGGUCACAAAGCAUAUCAUCAUAGCACCACCUGCCAAGAAGCUGUUGAACCCAGGGAGUCCAACUCCGGCGACCAAGAAACCUAUGGUGCAGACACUGCUGAGUUCCACUCUCAGUCUGCACAAGCCACUGUCGGCAGAGGAUAGUUCUUCUACGCCCACGAGAAAAGUACUGAACAAGUCGGAAACAGAAAAAGACAAGGCUAGCGAUCAGGCAAUCCUUAGCAGUACCUCCUCCGUUGUGGUCACGAAGAAGUCCUUGCCAGAUGCUAAGAAAACUGAAUCUCUCAAGGAGGAUGGAUCGUCGGCUGCUCUAAGAAAGGUUAACAUAUCUGUUUCCGUGGUGCCUUCGAAGGAAACAGCAGCAGAAACAUCGAAAACUCCUGCUCCCACUCCUGAAACAUCACCCAUUUUGCCUCGAAAGGACACAGCUGGAGGCGCAGAAGAUGGCCAGAAAACUGAGACCAAUAAGAAAGUGGAGGUCAAUAAGAAGGAUGUGGUCAUCAAGAAAGUGGAGGGCAACAAAAAAGCGGAGGCCAACAAGAAAGCGGGUGCCAAUAAGAAAGUGGAUGCUAUUAAGAAAGUGGAGGUCAACAAGAAGGACGAGGUCAUUAAGAAAGUGGAGGUCAUAAAGAAAGUCGAGGCCAAUAAAAAAGUGGAGCCCAAAAAAAAAGUGGAGCAAAAGAAAAAGACAACAUCACAAGCCACUCUAAAUGAAACCCUAGAGUUAGAGGAAACCGCUGAAACAGCAAAGAAAUUAGUUUCUUCAGAUGUGACUGGACGAAAACCACUUCCACAAUCGGAGCUCCAAAAAAAACCCGAAAGCAGAAAGUCGGAGGGAUCAUUAACAGAACUUAAUCCCCGCAAAGCUGCGCCUCAAGUCAACCGAUCCAAGAAAAUCGAGGCCAGAAAAUCAGAGGGAGCUGCUCUAGCUUCGGUUGCCCGGAAACCGCUUCCUCAAGUAGAAGUCCCCAAAAAAACCGAAACGCCGAGUUCGGAAGAUGCUUCUGGAGAUGUUGUCGGGGAUGUUGCCAAGACAGUCGAAGCUGAGGUAAUCGAAACAUGGGUAGGCGGACGCGUGGCAGCCAAAAAAAACCAAACAGGAGCAGCGCAAGUCAAGAGGCAAGCCUGGGCUACCCGAUACUGCUUCUGACCAAGGGAUUCCUCUCGCGAAGACAGUGCGCGUAAGCCCCGACUGGAUAGACAAGAUGAAAAUGUGACAGUGACCCAACGCAAGUUUGCCCUCGGCAAGUCGGUUCACAUGACUCGAGCUGCCAGCAGCAAUAGAUCAUUGGCUGCCACUCCAACGCCCGCGUUUGGAAGGCAGCGCAAUGCUUCUAAAGAGCGCUUUGAACCUGUUGCAGACCAGCAGAGACCGCAGCCUCUGACCCAGAGCUCACAUGGCGGACGAAAACGGCGCAUGCCACUCGCUUUAAAAAGAAAGGCGGAGGAACCUGCGGAAGCCACAGAAGUCGUUGAUCCCAAGCGACCCAGGGAGUUGCAGGAGGAGGAUCUGCAACGGCAAGAAGAUCCUGCCCAGGAGACAGCGACCGUGGCCUUCCCAGUGAAAAUAACAGCUGCUUUGGCCGAUCCUUUGGCGGUUCCUUCUGCAGUUAAAGUGGCUCCACCAAAUCCUAAGCUACGCAAAGUUCGCGUGAAAAUCAAUCGGCGAACCGUCAACAAAUGGCUACAGGAGACACGAGAGAAAAAGAGCCGCGAGAAAGAAGCUGCCGCUGUCUCUGAGAUAAUACCACCACCUCCACCUGCACCACAACCGGAAGUGACCUCGGAAACGGAUCAGCGGCAGAGUCAAUGUCCGAGUCGAUGUUGCCACCACAGACAGAGCCGGUGGCUAUACUCGAGGCAGUGCCCGAAUUCCCAGCCUGCACCUAAUCCUCCAGCUCCAGACCCAGAAUUGCCAGUAAGAAAAAGCCCAACUCAGCUCGCUCCCCAAUCAGCUCAUGUUCCAUCGGCAGCUCCUGCUCUCCUUGCCCCCUCUGCCGAAGCCCCGCCGGUAAUCCUGCCAGCCAAGGCAACCGUGAAGACAGCUAUAUAUCCACUACCAGAACCACAUCUUCCCGACAAUCCAACAAUGCCGACCAGUGCGCAGAAGUUGGCCAACCAGCGAAGGGUGCAGAUGUUUCACGUCAAGUCAAUGCCACUUCCAGUGCCAAUUCCGGAGGUGAAGUCGGAGCCAGAAGAUGAUCCUCCGGAGGCAAUGGAGGAAGAUCCCCUUGCGGUAUUGCCCAUCGAUGGUGCUGCGCCAGUAGCACGUCAGCCACCGGCAGUGAUUGAGAACAUUGGCCCUCAACUCAUCCAAAUCGACAACUUGGGAGCUUCUGGUUCCUCUGGCCCGAGUGCCUCUCAUUCAAUUCCAUCGGCCAGUGCCCCCAGCAGUAAUCCCAAUGCCAUUGGCCAAACCAAGAUGUUCUCCUUCUACCCAAAGCGCUAUAAGCGUUCCUACGACGACGUGGGUCUGGACUUCUGCUGCCCAAAUCUGGACGGACCGAUGCGGGCCAUUGACUUCACGCGUUUGCAUUCGACGGCUGAGGUGCCGGUGCUGGAGGUGCCGCAAUUCCUGGUCAUCACCACCAAGUUCAUCUCCAAGACGGAUAAGAAUAUGCCGAGCAAGGUGCGGGCUAAGUUGGAAUUGCUGGGCAGAACUAAGAACCAUGAAUCCAGGGAGCCAAUUUUUUCGACUUCCGAUCCGGCUUCUGGAGAAGAUGCUCCCGUUAGCGCUCUUGUUGGUACUGUUACCUCAGCGCCUAAUUCGAUCAUCCCGAGUCUGCCUUCUGCCGGUCCUGUUGACUUGGCCCUGCCUCCGCCUGCUGUCCCACCGACUGCAGCUUCCUGCAGCAUUCCCAUUGCUCCCUCCAUCGCCACUCCUGCAGUAGUUGCGUCUCCAGCCGUCUUGGAUUCCCUGACCAAACAGUUGCCACGUGGCACCACGCUGACCAAGAAGGUUCUGCCACCAGGGGCAGCCAUCCCGCCAACAGCCAGCUCCUCGAUGGUGGCCAGUCUGCCGCCGUCCCUCAUCCAGUUGCCACCGAUCUGUCCAACGGACAAGCAGCGCGUGGAGCUGCAGACACGGGUGCAGGUGUUUGACAUGGUGCUCCAGGUACUCAGCCGGCGAGUAGCCACCUUGACUGUGGCCGAGAGACAGCGCACCAUCGAGGAGAUCGUGAGGACCAGCUCGGUGAUGGCCAUCGACGUGGAUGUGGGCACCAAGCUGUUGGAGAACUACGUGCGUUAUUUGAACAAGGCCACCAACACGACAACGCCGUUGCCGCCGGUCCGGUACAACGCGGUUGUCACGCCGACGACUUCUGUCGUCGCUGCGCCAGCAAAUCCCUCGAAUUCAGUCGCCGCUAGCAGCUCGAUGCUUUCCACCCCGGACUCCGCCACGCCCACCCAGGCAACCAAGAAGUCCGUGCAGCAUGUUCAGCAGCGCAGUUCCCUCCCCGCCAGCAUUCCCCUUUUCGAUGCCGAGAAGAACAUCAUUGGCUUCCAGUGUCCCACCCGGAAAGCAAAAGGCGUCACACCAACUGCAGGGCACAGGCCUUCUCCCGCUGCCACCAGCACUCCGCUGGGCGCCUCCACGUCCUCAGCAGCAGCAGCGGCUGCUAAGGUGCCGCCACGAAGCUCGCUGGGAGCCAGGAAAAUUUCUGGAGAAAAUCCAAGCCAGAUUGUCAACUUGAAUACAACAGUCUCAAUGUCCAUGCCAGCACCAAAAGUAGCCAAAAAGAGGACAGCUCCUGGACCAAUACUGCCGAUUAAUCCCCCGUCAGCAGUGGAGAAACCAGUGCUCUGCAAGAAGAAGAUCACGCCGGUGAGGACAAUCACUCAACCAAUGCUACGCGCUCCGGCCAAACCCAAAGCAACUCCAGGAACAGCUCCAGGUGUAGCUCCCGUUGCCGAUUCUCUGGGCCCCGCCGGAAUGAGUCUCAGCAGCACCACCAAUCCGAAUGUGUUUAUCAUCAACCAGGCCUCGCAGCCGGAGGAAAGCAUUCUGCCCGACUCAAACAAUACCGUGGCGCCCAUGGAGACGGAGAUCAAGGGCGAACUGGACGACUCUUCGGAGGUUAUUAUCUAGUGGGGCAAAGACUAUAAUCCAGUUGGAAAGUAUUCUAAGUUACUUUAACACAGUUAAUUAAGCAGAGUUAAUUAUUUCGUUGAACGCAAAAACAGAAUUGUGUAAUUCUAUAUGAAGAAUUUGUUAAACCUUUCACACCAUCCGGUAAUUUUUCGGAAAAUAAAUGGAUUAAUACUGUAAUCAA